AUGGAGGCCUGUUUCUGUGCUGUAGCUGCAGCAGUGUUCAUAUUCACUGUGGUGUGGACACUGAAGCAGAACUGUGAUGCUGGAUACUGGCCUGCUGUGUUCGGGGCCCUCGGGACCUCUCUGUACUUCACAGUUCCUCCAGAGUGCUGCGGGGCCGCCUUCCUGUGCUGCAGCCUCGCUCUGCUGUGUGUGACUGCAAGGAAAGACGAGCUGCUGCCGCUGCAGGGCAGAGCGGUGCUCAUUACAGGUUGCGAUUCAGGAUUCGGUCACUCUCUGGCGACGCGGCUGAGCCAGAUGGGGCUGCAGGUGUUUGCAGGUGUGCUGGAUGUGAACGGAGCCGGAGCUCAACAGCUGAGAGAGCAAGGAUGUGAAAACCUGCAGGUCCUGCAGCUCGACGUCACUGACAGCUCCCAGAUAGAAACAGCACACCUGUACAUCCACAAUGAGGUCGGAGACUCAGGUUUGUGGGGUUUGGUGAAUAACGCAGGAGUCCUUCUCUAUCCCGCGGACGCAGAGCUGCAUCCCAUCACAUCGUACAGACGCUGCAUGGACGUUAACUUCCUGUCUGCGGUGAAGAUGUGUCAGGUGUUUCUGCCUCUGCUGCGCCGGUCCAGAGGACGCAUCGUCAACGUGUCCAGCAUGGCAGGUGAGGUGCCGAUGCCGAUGUUUGCUGCUUACGGAGCGUCGAAGGCGGCGCUGACGGUUUUCUCUAAAGUCAUGAGGCUGGAGUUGUCUGUGUGGGGCGUCAGAGUGGCUUUAAUUCAGCCGACAGGCUUCAGAACCAAUAUCUUUGGGAACAGUGACGCCAUCAGUCGCUACAGAGAGGAGCUCCUCACCGGCGUCUCCUCCGACGCCAGAGAGGAUUAUGGGGAGGCGUACAUCUCUUCCCUCCCCAGCAGUUUGACCAAAAUGUCCCAGCUGUCUGCGGUGGAUCUGUCUCCUGUGGUGGACAGCUUGUGUCAUGCUCUGCUGUCCGUCAAGCCCAGACCUCUGUACACACCCGGAGAGAUGGGCUGGUUCCUGCCGUUGCUUCACCGCCACCUUCCCACCGCAGUGUUCGAUUACAUCAUCACAAACCUCCUGAAAUACACCGACUGUGAGCCUGCAGGCCUCCACACCAACUCAGCUUAA